AUGGACAACACAGGGAUGCAAUCCUCGGAUCUCCCUCAUCCGCUCCAUCUCGACUCGCUGCCUGCUGUCGCCGAGAAUGCGUCCACACUGGCAGCGGCACAAGCACAGCAACAACAGCAUCAACAUGAUAUACAACAACACGUUCAAAGUGCCGAUCACACUGAUGCCCAGUCAUUACACUCUCUGCAAACCGCUGUUGGGCCAUUGGAAUCAUACACAAUCACACAACAGGACCAAAGAUCAUUUCGGGAACCAUACAACAACCUCCUCCCCCGCGAUGACCCCCAAUCUCUGCGCAUGCAGCCACAGAGCAGUUCUGACGCCGAGACCUCCAUCUUUGCAUCCAAACAAGGCGGUUAUCUCCGAGAUAUGACCUCGGUCUUGGAUCCGCCUGAUCUGGACUGGUGGAGAGAGAGAUUAUUCAACGUGGAUGAGACGGUUGUGCUAAGCGAGGAGCAAUUCUUGACUUACUUCCCACACGUGGACAACAUCUACUCGCAUCGGUCUACGCAGCAUUACAAACGCAAACCGUUCAUAUCGCAUUAUUGGGACUGCAGACUCAAAGGUCGUCCUCCGGGCACGCCCAAGUCCGACGAUCCAAACAAGAAGAAGCGGAAACGAACAGCCCGCCAACGGGAUCUAUGCGACGUCAAGAUUAAAAUCACCGAGUAUUUCCCCGGGUACGGUGCAAUGAUGGUCCCGGUAGGGACGGCCAAUGGAAGCGGGACGCCUCUUGGCCCGGACUCCCUGUCCGGCGGAGACGCGGUGUUUCCUGCGUCUGGGGAUCCGGUGCCGCGGGAUCGUCAGCCUUUUGGUGUGCUGACGCCUAAUCCGCCGUUGCCUGAGGGACAUCCUGGUGCCAAUGGGCAGCGGUUCUUUACGAUCCAACGGGUUAAUGGGAAUGGUGCUAAUGGGAAGAAUGAUGGGGUGAGCGGGGGGCAUCGGCAUACGCUAGAAGAGAGUGAUCGGGUGAAGAAGAAUAGUGUUCAGCGGUAUGUAUUGAAAGGGGCCAGAGAUAAAAAGAAGGCAACUUCGACCAGGACGAUGAGUACCCAAAACCAGCCUCUGCAGAAAACAUAUCAUACAAAAGCCACCGGCUUAGCUGCUGAGACCGUGACGAGUCAUUCUAGCGAGAAUGAGUUGAAAUUGUACGGCAGCUGCUUCUGUCCCUUCGUGCAGCGUGUAUGGAUAGCCCUGGAGGCCAAGGGCAUUCCAUAUCAGUAUCUGGAAGUAGACCCCUACCAAAAGCCCCAAUCCUUAUUGGAACUUGAAGACUUGAACACCGGCCCACCUUUGCUCCCACUAGGGGAUGCGAAACUGCGGGCCCAUUGCCGACUCUGGACGGACUUUACUAACCGCCACAUCGUGCCCAAUUUCUACCGUGUUCUUCAGGAACAGGAUGAGCAAAAGCAGAUUUCAAACGCGCAAGAACUCAGAGAUGCAUUCAAGACGCUGGUGAACGCCGCCGACCCCCAAGGGCCAUUCUUCCUCGGAGAAAACAUCUCCUUUGUGGAUGUCCAGGUGGCCCCCUGGAUUAUUCGACUGAACCGCGUUUUAAAGCCUUAUCGGGGCUGGCCGGAACCCGAAGCAGGGAGCCGGUGGGGUGCCUGGGUCAAUGCAAUUGAAGCUAAUGAGCACGUCAAGGCGACGACGAGUGAUGACGAACUCUAUCUUGACAGUUAUGAGCGAUAUGCUCAAAACCGACCCAACACUUCUCAGCUUGCGAACGCGAUUAAUUCCGGACGAGGUCUUCCUUGA